UUAUGAGAUAUUGUAUGGGUGAAGGUUAAGAGUAUAGUGUAAAAAAAAAUAGUCUGUGCUGUCCUGUGUAUCGUACACGGUUUUCUUUGUAGUUUUUACAGAUGUUGAGUACAUUCUCGUUUCGUUUUGAUAAAAACAAUUUUCUCGGUGCCAUGUGACUGUGUCAGCAUCAAAGAAUUUGAAUAAUAUCAUCUUAACAUUCGGUGGGAAUGGCUUCGUCUGUUAGUGAAAUCGAAGAUUUCUUGAACGGGCCUCUUGUUUCGUGGCUUAAAUCAUGUUUAUUAAAUCCAAACUUAGUUGUAGAAUACGCAUCUCUUUUCAAUGGGGAUAUUCUUCAUCAGCUGUACCUUCAAAUUGAUCCAGAACCAUCUUAUCAUAUUACUAAAUUAACGGGCUUGGAAGAACAAGCACUACUUCUUGGAAGGGUUAAGAACUUUGAUGCAAUUAUAAAAAAUGUAAAGAAUUUGUAUGAAGAAGAGUUAGGAAUGACUCUGCUGGUUGUACCAGAAUGCAUUUGCUUGGGAAAAUCACCUGAAUCCAAGGAUGGCCUUGAAAAUAUGAAAUUACUUCUUUUAUUAUUACUUGGUGCAGCUGUACAGUGUCCAAACAAAGAAUUGUUUAUCACUCGGAUUAAAGAACUAGAUGUAGAACUGCAGCACAACAUUGUGGAAUGUAUUAAACAGGUUACAGAUAUGCAAACCGUAGUACUAACGCCUGAUGCCAUAGAUCUUUUUCAAUCUCCCACUUUAUUCAACCAUAUGCGCCGCAUAGCUAAAGAACGAGACCAUUACCUUCAAAACUGGGCUUCGUUGGUGCUUAAUGAGGAUUUAUGUGACAAUGAUAACGAGAAUAAAAAUAAAAGUCGCUCCACGCAAAACGUUAACCAAAAUAAUAGCGAUAGUCAACAUCUUGCCGUGGAACUGGCCGAUUGGAAAGCUCGAUUGCGGAAACAGAGGCAAGAAUUGGAAGAAAAAUCAGAACAGUUAUCAGAAUGUCGAGAAGAAUUGGAGCAUACGAAAUUGGUAUUAGCUAAGUUACGUUCUGAUAGUCAAGAAUGGUUUAACGAAGCUAGGAAAGCUGCAGCUUACAGGGAUGAAGUUGACGCUCUCAGGGAAAAAGCUGAACGUUGCGAUAGGCUCGAACAAGAAAUACAACGGUAUCGAGAUCGGUUAGUAGAUGCUGAGUACUACAAAACUCGAGUUUCAGAAUUACGGGAAGAUAAUAAAGCUUUGAUGGAAACAAGAGAUGCCUUAGAGGAACAACUUCAAAGAGCACGUAAAAGGGCAGACCAAUGUUUAACAUUAGAAGCUGCUAUGAUAAAACUUAAAAGAGAAGCAAACGAUAUAGCAUUAGAAAGAGAUGCUGAUCAACAGAAGAUCCAAGAACUCAUUGAAGAAAAUAAUCAUUUACAGUAUAUCACAAAGUCUGUGUUAAGUGAGAGUAAUAAUAGUAAUUUAGAUAGUGAUAACGAAUGUGAAAGUACAUUAGAAUCAGGAGAAAAUAGCUUGUCAGAACAGCUAACUAGUAAUGCACAAGCUAGAGCCUUAAAACUUGAAUUAGAAAAUAAACGUCUAUUGUCUACAAUUGACAGUUUGAGGGAACAAUCAUUGUUAGAAAGUGGCGAAAAGUUAUUAGAAUUAGAAAAAGAGAAAAAGAAAUUAAGCUUGAAAUGUGAACAAUUACAAGAAAACUGUAAUAGACUUAUGCAACAAAAUUCAGAAUUAGAAGAAGUAUUCAAGAAUGCGUUAGAAGAGAAUAGAAAACUUCAAGAUUUGUUGGAUAGCCAAAAGAUGUUUAUUGAUAGACAAGCUAUUGAUAGAGAUUCUGAAAAAAAUAAACUACAGGAUUUCGAGAAACAUUUAGAAUCUCUAACCAAAGAUAAGCAACGUAUUCAAAUGCUUUGUGAUUCCAUACAAAGAAGAGCUGAUGAUUUAGAAAAGGCAUUAGAUUCAAGAACAAAAGAAUUAAAUAUUCUUAAACCAGAAGCUGACAAAGUGACAGGACUUAUUAUACAAUCAGAAGAGCUAAAAACAAAGUUGACAUACAGUGAGAAAGAAUCACAUAAUCUUCAAAGAGAAGUUAAUAAACUGAGAGAGGCUAUUGAAGAAAAGGAUGUAUCCAUUGAUAAAUUAACGACGGAAAUUGAAUUAAAAAAGAAAGAACUGGAAAGGUUGGUAAAAGAACUGGAAAUUAAUCAAAACACAAUUAACAAAUUCCAAGAUUUAGAACAAAAAACUCAAGAGCUAAAAUCACAAAAGAAAAUGGAUUCAGAGACUAUUCAAACUUUACAAAAGGAUUUGAUUAAAGAGAAAGUAAGUUUUGACAAAAUAAGGAAUUGUCUGGAAAAACUUGGUAUACAUGUGUCAGAAAUAAUGAAUAAAGACAUUAAUGUGGAAGAUUUAUUAGAGAAAAUAAUUACUAACUCUGAUCAUGAAAGCGUUAUUUCUGAUAUUGCUGCUAAGGCUAAUUUAAUGGCCUUAGUACCCUGUACUUGUCACCAAAAACCUGAUAUAGAAAUUGAAAAUGAUAGCUUGAUUCACCCUCAAAUAGAACAAUUAACAGCAGAUUUAAAUGCAUUACAAGCUUCAUUAGAAAACUGUAAUGCUGAAAAUGCGAAAUUACAAGUUAAUAUAGCAACAUUAAAUUCACAAAACGGUUCCUUAAUUUCCCAACAAAUGACGUUACAGUUAGCUAAUAGUCAGUUGGCUGCAGAAAAAGAAGAAAUUGUUAAACAAUUAGAGGUUUUAAAAGACAAACAGGACAAUUUAUUGAGAGAUCAAGUUGCUCUACAAACACUACAUGAACAGUUAAACACAGAAUAUGAAUUGCUUCUUAGUGAGAGAGAACCAGUAAAAGCUACAAUCAGAGACCUGAAAUUAGAAAAUAGGGAGUUAAAAGAAAGGCUUGAAGGUUAUGAAAGGAAAAUAUCAGAAUUUGAGUUGGAAAGAGAGAACUUGAAAAUCGAAUCUAGAAAUUUGACCAAUCUUAGAGCGGAACAUUCUAAACUAAAAGAUGACUUUAGAAACCUAUUUACCGCUAGUGAUAGACUUAAAAAUGAAUACAGAAAUAUGCAAGAAGAAUACCGAAAUCUUAGAAGCGAAGUCACUCAGCUAAAAUUAAGAAAUACUGAAAUGUCAGGUGAAAUCAAUACAAAAAUUGAGAUAAUCACUGGUAUGGAGUUAGAGAUUAACAAGACAAAUCAACAUUGUGAAAUGCUUGUACACAUGAAUAAAAGUUUGGAUGCAGAUCGACGAUCGUUAAUGGACCAUGUUUCACAACUGUUGACACAGUAUCAUGAAUUAUUGGCACAUUCACUAAAGGAUAAGCAACAUUACCACGAAGAAGAGAAAAUGUUUGCUGACAGAGUAAACGCUUUAUGUCGACAGAAAGAAAAGUUAGAAGAAAAAAUCAUGGAACAUUAUAAGAAACUCGAUAAUUGCACUCCAAAACGACGUGGUUUUGGAGCAUCGUUCGUUAAAAAAGUUCGCAAAGCUGGCACUGAUUUAAUAAAUAAAACUUCUAGAAAUAAUAAAAGAAUAGAAGAUACAGGUCGUUCAAAAUCUCAACUUACGCUAGCUGGUUCUGAAUCAGGUGAAUCUGACCAAGGCAGUCAGGAUAUGGAAAAAAAUACAAAAAUAUCAGAGCUGGAUCAAGGAUCAUCAAACCCCAGCCUAGAAUCACCGAGACAUAGUUCAGAUUCAAAUUAUAGCAGAAGAUUUGACGAUAGGAUUCUGAAAAAAUCUGAGAAUAAUGAAUUAACUAGUGCAAUGCCCAGCUUAGACUCACCAAGAAUUACUGGUGAAGGUAGUUUUGCACGCAGGUUAUCUGUGACGUCUGUGCACAGUGGAGGUGGUGAUGAUGCUCUUAUAAGAGCCUCUUUGAGAAGAAGAGCUCACAAAACAGUACCAUCAUCACAUCGUAAUAGUUAUCAAGGCUUAGAAAGUGAUUCUACUUUGCCUCCUGCAGUGCCUUCAGCUUCCUCUCCUGUGUUUGGCACGGCCGGUAGUCGCCGUACAGUUUAUGUAGCAGACGACAAUCCCGACGUAACUUUAAACACAAAACCUCACAGUACACCUGUCAAAGAGAAUCCGACUUACUUGGUAUACAACAGAAUAUCAACAGUAAUUGGUGAUGGUGCUUCUCAAAGUGUAAAUGAAAGAUCAAAUAACGAUGUACACCAAUCUAUACCUGAACUACAUCUUUCGCCAACUGACGACGGUCUACAAGACAGGGAAGAUCACAGACCUGAUAGAAGAACUGUAAGUCGUAAUGAUAAACCAGACAAUUCAAAAGAGUCUGCUAUUUGGUAUGAAUAUGGAUGUGUUUGAUGAUUGUAUGCUUUAUAUAUUCAAUGAAUAAUCAUUAACAGACUGAUAAGAUGCCUUCAAUUUAAUUGUUUACAAUUGAAUGUGAUGUAUUCGGGAAAUAAGAAUGUUACAGAUUGUGAUGAGACUAAAAUAAGUGAUUAAGUACUGCAACACAUCUUGUGUUUAAGUACUGAGGGGCCUUGUUGGAUUUUCGCAAAUGAAAUAAUUAAGCUUUAGUUUAAUCCUUCAAAUAAUUAACAGUAAUGCAAAUCAAAUAAUAUACAUUUUUAUCGGAAGCAUUACGAAACUGCGAUCAUUAUGACCACGGAAAAUAUAUCAUAUUCUUUAAGAUAUAUAACUUCUGAAGUAAAGUUGUACCUGCUAAAACCAAAGUUGAUAACAUUUGUUCGAAAAUUUUGAUUUGAUUCUCGUCGUAUAUACAGACAGCUUAUGAUUGUUUGAAGGUUUACUAAAACAUAAGAAUUACAGUAUUAAUGUGGCAUUUAAUUUAUAUUUUUAUAUCGGCGAAAUUUAUCAUUCCGUUUUUUUUUUUGUUUCAUCAAUAUAUAUUUCGAAGCUUUCAUUCAAAUCUCAUUUGAUUUUUCCAUAAUAAUGUUAAGAAAAUACGUAAGUAAUUUAGAUAUGCGAGUAUCUAUUGAUUUUUUAAACAACAGUUAAAAAAAAUCAACUGAUUUUCUUAUAUUUCACGCGCACUAUUCAUUAAACGGAACAACUUUAGUAUUUGCAUUUAUGACAUUUCGGACGCUUUACAAGUUCCGUAUUCACUUAAGAUUAAGGUGUCGAUUGUCUUUUUUAAUUAAGAGUAUAGCUACAUUUAAAACAAUACUAUUGGACACAUUCACAAUACAAAACAUUUGUAUUUUAUAGAAACAUUUACAUUUGAUAAAUUAAAUCCUUAAAUAAUUUUAUAAAUUAAAUAAUUUA